UGCGCGGCAUAUGAUGUUGACAUCCACAACAACUCCGAGAGCGUGAGUCUACUCGGCAAAUGGAGCCAAAUUCAAACUCUGUUCUUCCUAAUAGCUUAGGAUGAAUGCGUGGAGUGUGCUAAGACCCACUUGCUCGUACCACAUGGUGAUCAGUUUCAAGUCUGCAUGCUAGCUUAUAUGACUUCUCCGAACCAUCAAAUCAAGCAGCCGGAGCCCUUUUGAACGAUAUUGGAUGGUGGUUCACCGGCCGUACUUAAACAAGUUUCAAAUCGGGACCAUGGUUCCACCGUCCUCUCUGCCGCUAUCAUGUCCCCUAACGCUCCCGAAAGUUAUAUCGACGUUCUAAUCAUUGGAGCGGGGCCUGCGGGACUCACAAGUGCUACUGCCUUUGCGGCUGCAGGCGGUAUUAACGUUAGGAUUAUUGACCAAAGGGCAUCCAAGAUUUCUGUCGGCCACGCUGACGGCGUUCACGCAAGAACAGUCGAAGUUUUGCAAAGCUAUGGCCUCGCCGAACGCAUGUUACGCGAAGGGAAUCAACUAUACAUGUAUGCAUUUUACAAUCCCAAUGACGCCGGCGAAAUCGAGCUUACUGGUCGCGCUCCAGGCGUGAUUGCACCAACCGCGCGCUUCCCCUUUGUGGUGGGCCUUCACCAAGGAGCUAUAGAAGCUAUAUUCCUUGAUUUCAUGAGUCAGAAUAACUUGAUCGUGGACCGCCCUACGAGGCCAUAUGCUAUGGAGAUCUCGCAAGGACAGCCUCAUAGUCCAUCGUCAUACCCGGUGAAGGUAACACUCGAACAUUUGAACGCGCCUACCGAUGGAGGGAAGACAGAAGUCGUCCAUGCCAAGUACGUCAUCGGUGCCGACGGGGCACAUUCGUGGGUCCGCCAGACUCUCGGCAUCGAUAUGGUCGGAGAGCAGACAGAUUAUACCUGGGGUGUCGUCGACAUAGUUCCGGAUACCAAUUUCCCCGACAUUCGCAAUAAAGCAGCCAUACACUCCGAAAACGGGGCGUGCUUGAUUAUUCCACGGGAAGACGAUAAAGUGCGGUUGUACGUCCAAUUGUCAGAAGACGUUGUGGAUCCCAGUACUAGGAGAGUCGAUAAAAGUCAAAUGAGUCCGGAAAAACUUAUUGAGGUGGCCAGGAAAUCAUUGCAUCCUUACUACCUGUCUUUGUCGUCAGAGAUAGAAUGGUGGUCGAUAUAUAUCAUUGGCCAGCGUGUAGCAUCUAAAUAUUCAGACAAGGACCGCGUGUUCAUUGUCGGUGAUGCCUGCCAUACGCAUUCACCUAAAGCUGGUCAGGGAAUGAAUGCGAGUAUAAGCGACGCGCAUAAUCUUGCUUGGAAAAUUGUCCACGUCCUUAGAGGAUGGGCACAUCCGUCGAUCUUGAAAACUUAUGAGACGGAACGCAGAAACUAUGCACAAGAUUUGAUCGAUUUCGACAAACGAUAUGCAGCAUUGUUUUCAGGUAAGCCGAGAACCUUGGAGAAUCAAGAAGGCAUAACGCACGAAGAAUUUUCGAGGGCGCUCCAGAUUCAUGGCGGCUUCAUAAGUGGUAUAGGUGUCCACUAUUAUCUUUCUGCGAUCGUAAACACCAAACAUCAGACAUCUGCAAAGAAUCUCGUCAUCGGAGAACGCAUGCCCCCUCAAAUUUUCAUCCAAGGAGCAGACGCGAGACCGGUGGAAGUUCACGAUUUGUUACCUGCUGAUACCCGCUUCAAGAUUCUUGUCUUCCUCGGUCCUCUGGAUGGGUCCCGGCUCGUGAAAGUCAACGGACUCGCGAAUGAUUUAGACGCGCCUACGAGUUUCUUGAGAAAAUAUUCCAUAGACGGUCAAUUCUCCCACAUAUUCGACAUCAUAUCCAUCGCGCAGGGAGAUAAAUUCGUUUUCAACUACCUUCACGUCCCUCAGAUUUUUCGACCUCAUUGGUCUAAGGUCUUGUUGGAUGACAUUGAUGUUGCUAGAACUCAAGGGGGUGAUGCCUACGAAAGAUUUAGCAUCAAUCCACAAGAGGUGACGUUUGUGAUUGUCCGGCCAGAUGGAUUUGUCGGGAUGAUAGCCCCAUCUACUGCAUUAGAAGAUGUGGAUGAAUAUUUCGCUUCCUUCCUGAUUCCCCGUACAUGUUGAACUAUCGUAGAUGUUUCCCAUUAUGCAUGCAUUAUUGUAUCGUGUUUCAUCGUGCAUUUGGAUGUUCAAUAUUUCAAUACCAAUGUUCAG